AUGGCCCAUAGACGCGACAAUCCCAAUGACAGUCGCACAGGCAUUCCUCCCCCAACCUCAGCAAUAAAGAACACCCAACAACAGCAACCAGCAACCUCCCUUCGUCACUCUGUUCUACCAUCCCAAUCAAUCCAACCAUCCUCUUUCUCUUCCCGUAGUGCAGGUCCCAGAAAAAGUAAUUUCGGCUUACCGGGGAUUGUCCAAACUCGCCCGCCUCCGGGCUCAAGUGCAUCCACCCUUGGCCGAUCCCACCUAGGCCCGCCGCCUCAAACCCUGACGGCCCCCUCGUCUUCCUUGUCCCAACGCAUCGAUUAUGGGAAAACACCAAUAAAAUCUAAUCUUGGUUCAAGUGCGAUCAACUAUUCUGCACUCGGUACUUCCAGCGUGCGUAAAUCCAAUGCACCUCAACAACCUCAUCACUCCCUCCGACCCGCACGGGCAGGUAUUCCAUCGUCAUCAUCAUCCGGCCAUAAGGAAACCCGUCCUAUUCGUGACAAAUCCUAUCAACUCAUUGAACAACGAGAAAUCCUCGAUUAUCUCAUAAGCAUCGAAAUGAAUCUUAUCCUACCUACUCUGUCUCUCAAAACACUUCAAAGCCCUUCUACGAGAGAGUUUAUUGAGAUCUGGAAACGACUCGUCGAAGAGCUUGAUCCCGAUUAUGUUUAUCCCGUCGUGGAACCUGAAAAAGGGAGCAGAGCAGUAUCUUCCUCGAGGGACAAAGAAUCAGUCAGGACGAUGCCUGAGGAAUUUAUCCAAGUGAUGAAAGAUUUGAGGUACCCGCUGAUUGACACAAUCAGUAAACAAAGUCUCCAAGCACCGAGUGCUCCGCAUGCGUGGCAAAGUAUUCUAGCAUGUUUACAUUGGAUGGUUCAGCAAGCAAAAAUCAAAGCCCGCUGGCUGUCUACCGACUCCCAGGAUUUAUACGUUCUCCCUUCUGAAGCGCUUACACUCAACCCGGAAGACGAACGAAUGGCUAAUGCUCCUGAGCUACGACAUCUUAUCGAAUUCAGAUUCUACGCUGAGACAUAUGAUAAGUGGUGGGGGGAUGAGGAGGCUGAUUUUGAAGCUGAACAAAUGCGGAUGGUUGAGGAAUACAAUCUUCGGACAGAAGGACAGGAAGAAGCGAUUGAGCAAAUGGACACGCAAAUUGACAAAUUACGCACCCAACUUGAGAAACUCCGGAGCAAGGAGCGUCCACUCCAGCUUGCGGAGACGGAGCGUGCUGAGAUUAUAUCGCGCAUCAAAACUUUCAAAAAAGGGAUGGAAGAUGCUCGCUCGAAACGCAAGAGAAUCUCGGAUGCUGUUGAGGAUCUGGAGGAAAAUAUAGAAGAGACCAGUUGCGUUUUGCCCAUCUUCAGUAGUGCUUCACCAACUGACCUUUUGACUCGACACCAACAAAAUGACGCAGGAAAGGAGGUGAAUUCUCUUCUCGCCGAACGUGCCGAUCUCCACUCCCAGAUCAAAGCUCAAAAGAUGACCGAGGUCGAAAUUUCUCAAAUGUUCUCCGAUGCUGAAACCUUGCAAAAACAAAACGCAACGUUAAACGAAAAACUUGCUCAAGCUAAACAGGCAUUACAUGAAAAUGAAGUCACCCUUGCUAGACGUGUGGAUAGUGUCGAGGAGGAUAUUGCUGUAUAUACAACACUCCUCGAAAAGGUGGGUCUUGUGGGAGGGGGAACGAGCACAUCGAGAGGGAAGGAUGCCGAGAAUCGGAAUGGAGUUGGUGGUUCGAACAACUCGUUGCCAAAGACCAUUCAAAAUGUUGAGUUCCGAAUCGAGCUCAACAUGGCUCGUGGAGAUCCCUCCUCCAACUCCCCCUCUGAAGCAAUGCUGGUCCCGGGCGCUUCUCCAGCAAAUGCGAUCGCUCCUGUCGUUGAUCUAAGAAGGCUAAUCAAACCUGCUCUAGGGGAAUAUAGGAAAGCUACGACGGCGGAGAUGCAGAGGAUCACGGGGGAGGUUAUCGAAAUUGAACACGAAAUCGAGGAGGUCGAGGGAAAGAUCGAGGACGUUAGGGAACGAAUCGAGAGCUGUGAGGAGGAAAGGGCAUUAACAAUUGCGCAGAUCGAGAGUAUGAAGCAGAAAAUGGCGGAUGAAGCGGAAAAUGCUCGAGAGGCCAAUAAUCAGCUUGAGAAGGCGGCUCGGGAUCUUGAGGAUGAGCUCAGUCAAGGGACCGGUGCUGCGCUGGCGAAGCGGAAAAAUCUUGAAAUUGAGUACGAAGCGCAAAGGGCCAAUAUACUCAAGGUCAAGGAUGAAAUAAAGUCGCGUAUCAUCGAAGCUUCAUCGGUCUUAUCCUCCGUCGUUGAAGACUGUGGAGCAUUGCUCCAGGAGUUGGAGGUUGCAGCAGAGACAUCCGAUGCUCGGACUGCAAAGUUUAACCUUGCCCUCAAUGGGUGA